AGCAGCGGCCGGAGCGCUCAGCCGAACACUCGGGCCCCAGACGCCGCGGACACCCGGAGAGGCAGUUCCGGCGCCCUGAAGCUCUCUCGGCCCCCAGCGCACCCCUAACCCCCACUGCAGAGGAGUCGCAGCGUGAGCGCCCCUCGGCCCACUCAGGACCAGCUCGCAGGACUAAGGACCAAAGGCAUUUCUGGGCACUGAGAUCCUCCAUUUCUACCCACAGCCAUGAGCCGGCGUGUGGUUCGGCAGAGCAAGUUCCGCCAUGUGUUUGGGCAGGCGGCAAAGGCCGACCAGUCUUACGAGGAUAUCCGUGUGUCCAAGGUCACGUGGGACAGCUCCUUCUGUGCCGUCAACCCCAAAUUCCUGGCCAUUAUUGUGGAGGCUGGAGGUGGAGGUGCCUUCAUUGUCCUGCCUCUGGCCAAGACAGGACGAGUGGAUAAGAACUACCCACUGGUCACUGGGCACACUGCUCCAGUGCUGGACAUCGACUGGUGCCCACAUAAUGACAACGUCAUUGCCAGUGCCUCAGACGACACCACGGUCAUGGUGUGGCAGAUUCCAGACUAUACCCCUAUGCGCAACAUUACAGAACCCAUCAUUACACUCGAGGGCCACUCCAAACGGGUGGGCAUCCUCUGCUGGCACCCCACAGCUCGGAAUGUUCUGCUCAGUGCAGGUGGUGACAAUGUGAUCAUCAUCUGGAAUGUGGGCACUGGGGAGGUGCUCCUGAGUCUAGACGACAUGCACCCAGACGUCAUCCACAGUGUGUGCUGGAACAGCAAUGGUCGCCUGCUAGCCACCACCUGCAAGGACAAGACCCUGCGCAUCAUCGACCCCCGCAAGGGCCAGGUGGUGGCGGAGCGAGCCCGGCCUCACGAGGGCGCCCGCCCGCUGCGGGCCGUCUUCACUGCAGACGGGAAGCUACUCAGCACCGGCUUCAGCAGGAUGAGUGAGCGGCAACUCGCGCUCUGGGACCCGAACAAUUUCGAAGAGCCAGUGGCACUGCAGGAGAUGGACACGAGCAACGGGGUCCUACUGCCCUUCUACGAUCCCGAUUCCAGCAUCGUCUACCUAUGCGGCAAGGGCGACAGCAGCAUUCGGUACUUUGAGAUUACCGACGAACCACCUUUUGUGCAUUACCUGAACACGUUCAGCAGCAAGGAUCCUCAGAGGGGCAUGGGUUUCAUGCCCAAGCGGGGCCUGGAAGUCAACAAGUGUGAGAUUGCCCGGUUCUACAAGUUGCACGAAAGAAAAUGUGAGCCCAUCAUCAUGACCGUUCCCCGCAAGUCAGACCUGUUCCAGGACGACCUAUAUCCAGAUACGCCAGGCCCCGAGCCGGCCCUAGAAGCGGACGAAUGGCUAUCUGGCCAGGACGCCGAACCCGUGCUCAUCUCGUUGAGGGACGGCUAUGUGCCUCCCAAGCACCGCGAGCUCCGGGUCACCAAGCGCAAUAUUCUGGACGUGCGCCCCCCCUCCGGCCCCCGCCGCAGCCAGUCGGCCAGUGACAGCCCCUUGUCGCAGCAGCACACUCUAGAGACGCUGCUGGAGGAGAUCAAGGCCCUUCGAGAGCAGGUGCAGGCCCAGGAGCAGCGUAUCACGGCUCUGGAGAACAUGCUGGGAGAGGGCGGCUUCCUCACUGCACCCCCGCCGGAGAACUAAUCAGAAAACUGGCAUGGAAGCAGGUUCACACCCUCCUUCACGUCACCCCCCCACCCCACCCCCGCUCUCCCCCGCCCACGCCACUGCCCCCAGCCUUCUGCUGUGGCCUUGACUCUAGGAGGAAAACAAGACGUACUGAAUGAAAUAUUUUACCAAGUGCUCA